GAAGAAAGAAAGAGACAUGUCUCACUCCGGGGAGAUGAUGGAUGUUCAGUCUUUGUGGAACCAAACAACCUGGCAUCGUGACACUCGCGUGGAAGUUUGGUUCCUCCUCUUCAACUGCACAGUCCUGACUCUGACCCUGGUCUUGGGUUUACCCGGGAACCUGUGGGUGUGCUGGGUGGUUUCAAGGACCAAGAGCCUGCAGACGUGCAACAACGCGCUGCUGGUCAGCCUGGCCACCAGCGACCUGCUCAAAUGCUGCGUGGACACGCCGCUGCUUCUCUUCUCGCUGCUGCGCUACGGGGGCGGCCGCCGGGUGUCGGUGCCCGUCUGUACCCUGCAGCAGUUCACCUACGCGCUGUGCAGCUGCGUCCAGCUGCUCACGCUGGUCGGCAUCAGCGUGGAGCGCUUCCAGGCCAUAGCCUUCCCCUUCCAGACCGAGGGGCGCAAAGCGAGGGUCCGCGUCUGGAUCCUGUUCAUCUGGGCGUGCGGCCUGGUCCUGGCGCUCGUCUCCCUGACUCUCUCCGAGAAAGCGCUGUGUUACAUGCUGUGUCGCCCGCACGGUGCCGGCCACGCCGGGGAGACACUUCGGUACUCUGACCCGUUCGGACCCUACGUGCUGGUGCCGUUGUGGGGAUUGUGUAUAACUUUGAUCGUCAUCCACUACGUGCGGAUAUUCAAAGUUGUGAGGCAGCACCGGAAAAAUGUUUUCCAACGGGGAGUCCAGCUGACGCCGACGGUGUCUGGGGACGUCUGGGCCUGGCUGAGUGGUCCGGCCUCGGGACCGGCUCCAGGGGGGCCCUUCAGCCCGGUGCCGCCCCGCCGCACGGUGCUCCUGGUAGCGGAAGCCGCUGCGCCCGCCGCCUCUGGCACCGGGGGCCCGCCGGGGAGACAUCCUGAGAUCGUCGGGGCGGUGUGUCUGAUGACCCCCGGUGCAAGGGAGCGGGGGAAGAAACGGAUGGAGGGGAAAGUGGCACAGCGGUUCGGUUACAUUAUCAUUGCGUUCACUCUCUUCUGGAUGCCCAUGAUGGUUAUUCUGCUGGUGAAAGUCAUCUCUCGGCGGGACAUGGACAGACUGCUGAUGGAGCUGGAGACCUCAGCCGUGGUGCUGACCUGCAUGCAGGCUGCGGUGGAUCCCCUCAUCUACACUUUGGUCACGAGACAGUUUCGCUCUGAACUCAGCAAGAUCCUCUCCUCCAUCCCGGGAUGCCCACUGAAACCCAGAGCCUGAGGAAUCGACCCUUUGAUGAUGGAUGUCUGAGGACACGUGGACUGAAGUUAAAUGUGAUUUAGAGGCAGGUGAAGAAGAGAGUUCACAGAUUUCUUUGUAUUUGUGGCAGAUAUAGAUGUUUUUAUCAGGCGUUUCACAGUCGGGACACAAGACAAGGUCAUACAUAAUAUCCAGUACCUGACAAGAUACGCACAGCAGUAGUCUCCACAACGACAGGUGGCGUAGGAGGGCAAAGCAAAGAGGGAGAGGGGAAAACGGACUGAGCCCAGAAAAGAGACAAUCAAAGAAGAGUACUUAACAGAGAGAGAGAGAAAGACAAACACAAUCAAAGACAAUACCUUUUGCAUUUGCUGUUUGGAAAUAAAAAUGCAAUCCUUUGACACUUGGAGAAGAAAUAUGCCUAGAUAAUAAGUCAAACUGUGUCAUUUUCAAAGUGCAGCUGACACAAAACAACCUGUCCAGAAACAGGGAAGCGGGAAAUAAAUGGUGUUUAAUCACUGUCCUAUAGCAAAUGAAUUAAAAUAAUAAAUUCAGGGAACCUCACUUGUGCCGUUACCUACGUCACAUCCUCAUAGUUUUCCAUCGACUCCAAAUGUUGGACUUGAUGUUGUGAAUAUAAAGUCAAUGUUUUUAACCCCCAGUUUUAUAAUCACACUGGGAAAUAACAGCUCUGCUGGCCUGUGCUUGUCUUCUUUUGUUCACUCCAGGUACAUUUGCACACUAUUUUUUUUUUUACUUAAACACCAAUAAUACUGGAUCUAGGCAGCUGCUGUGACUGCGUACAGCUCUAAAGUACCAGCAGGAGUACUAAGUCACUACUAGGAAUAUCAGAAGUAAAACACACCCUGUUCCAAGUAUAUUUUUGGCUUCUUCAUUUGAGGGGGUGAUACUAAUGUCGGGAUCAGAGUGAACACAACGGGGGGGUGGGGAGUCUAAGUCUGGUGUUGUGAUGCACUGAUAUGCUAUAUACUUCCACACGUGGGCUGAUACGGUGAUGAUAUGCGUAAUUCUAAGUCUUAGUACAAAUGCAUGUGUAAAAUUGGUUCAGCUUUUCAUUUAUCUCCACCUGAAGGAAGUUAAAUACUUUAAAAAAAAAAAACACCAGGAUGCGUUUGGCUCCUAGUUUUGUUUUAAACACACACUAUUUCCACAAGAAAAGAAACGUCAGCUACAAAUGGGCAGACAUGAUAUUAGACCAAUUCCAGUAUUGCUUUUGAAAUAUGCUCUUCACUAAUGGACAGCCUGCUGAUGCAUGGGUGUAUCUUUAGCCCUGUCUGUGUGCUCUUAAUCAACACCAGCGUCGGAGCGGCGGUGGUUGUCUCGUCUGCUCCGACGGAAGCUGUUCCUCCCUGUUUUUUGGGGGGAGAGCCCAGCACAGUUCUCCUCCACCUGAACAAAGACCAGACCUGACCGUCUCUGCAGCCGCUGCCCUCGAAAUGACAUUCAAGAUGAAAAAAAAGGCCAACAGAGACUCAUCAGCCGAAAGGUCAGCGUCCAGAGUUACAAAGGCCAACUUUGAUGGGAUUCCACGGGGGGGCGAUGCUGAAGUUACAGGGCGGCUCUUUGAUUCAAGAGAACAGAGUAUAGCGCUUGUUUUCGGCGACGGGGAACACGUGGACGGCUCAUCCAGUGUCCUCUGGGUCUCCGUUUGUCACCGUGACAGCAGACCUCGCUCCUUUGAGUUGUCCAGAAGAUUAACGCAAAUAGGAUUCCUUUGAAAAACACCAAGAAAGACAAAAAGUACAAACACCAAGUUUCCUAACCACAUAGAGUACACAUACCCAACAGCUUCGAAAAAAAUGCCCGCUGAGUUUGGGGAAGAAAAAACAUUGACAGCUAUAAAGACUACUGAAAGCAUACUGUUGUUUACACAGGAGGUGGGGACACAACAGGACAACAACGAGAGAAAGAGCGGAAGAGAGGAAAGGAAGAGAGAAAGACAGAGUGAGGGAGAGAGCGAGACAACGAGAGGACAGCUUCACUGGUUCUGCCAAACAAUGGUCAAAUAUUACAAAAUAUUCUAUUAACAAUAUUCACAAAGAACCCGGUGGCUCAGGACAGAUUUGUGUCAGAAAUUCUCAGCAUGCGCCUUGUGCUUUUAAUUGUGGUGGUUUGAAUCAAAAACAUUUUCCUUUUUUUUGUUAUUGGCUGUUUGUUAAGAAUUGAGCUGUUUGAGGUCCGUCAGGCUGUAGGAGUCGAAUGGUGGAAAGAAAAAAGUGGGGGCGGGGGGUGUGGAGGGGAUUCAGAAAACUGUAACAGAACUCUCUUUUUUACUGCAGCUAAACAGGCACAUGUUGUGUGGAAGGCUUGGAGCUGAGGGUCUCUGACAUAAAAGUGUUCAAUGAACCCUUCAGAGUGGCAGCUAGUCAAAUAUGCCAUAUACUGAGCCGUAGAGACUUCCAGAAGAAUUGAAACACAAGUUUUCAAUCGACUGACACAUUCGCACACAGACGCACACACACACGCAAACACACACACACACACACAUCUCCUUUCCAAAACGUCACAAAUCCUCUAUCUAGCAAAAAGUCACAUUCAUUCAUUCACAAAUAUGAAACUCUUCGGUAACGUCGUCACAGAAACACCGACCAUAUUUCAUCUUAUAGGAAUUGUCACUCUUGUGGAGUGAUAUUGGAUCAGGAAAAGAAUCGGUGGCAUAUUUAUCUAUGGUUGGGUUAGAGAAUCAAAACGAUACGAGUCCAAAGGUCAGGGGGGGAAAUCAGAGGGGGAAAUAGAUUCUGAUUACGUGUUAAAUUUUUCUUUAGGUUUGAGUUUUCUUCCCUUUUCCUUAAUUCUCCUGCUGGAAAAGUGCCAAAC